AACUACUGCUUGGAUACUAAGAUUGGGCGUGUUUCCGGGAUUUACCAUAUGAUACCUCCUACUGCGUUGCUCGGUUUUUCUUACGAACCUUCGACUGUCUUUCCUUGUUGAUUUCCUCGGAGUUUUGUCUGAAGUGGCUGUUCAUCCUCCCCGCAUCACGCUCUUACUUACUCAAUGACGCGCCGAGUCGCGUCUCAUUGAUGAAAUUCUUUUUUCCUUAUAUUUCCGUUUUGAUCAUCAUUUCCCCCUUAUAUCUACAUAUCUCUACCCCCCGAUUAUGUGAAUAUCACGACUUUGCAUUAUGUACUGUAGUUAUUAAUUUGCCUUGUUGCUUGGAGAUAAUCAAAAGACACUACUCAAA